AUGACGGGCUUGCGUCAACAACUGUUAGAGUAUGGUGAAGAAACACGUUCAAAUACUAGUCAGGUAUGCCACACUCCGCUUUCGCUCUGCGACAUGAUUUCUUUCCAUUUAAAGUGGCUGGCCCUAAUCCCCGAACGUCUCUUGAUCGAAAAUCAUGCACUUGCUUCUUUAGUCAACGAUAUGAAUUCUUGCCGCAGGCAGAUUCACUCCCAUUCUCGAGACGACACCUCAAGCAUCUAUAGUCGGUCCCCUGAGACAGCUAAAGAUGCUAAACCCAAGGCUGUGACAGCCAACAUCCUACCAAUCCAAAAGUCUUACCAGGAGAUCAAUUCGCUAGACCACCAAAUUGCUAUGUCUGGGGGAUCUACAAUGGCCUUGGAAUCUACGCGGUCACGCCUGAAAAUAUCCAAGGAGCAACCAAAACUGUCCCUUCUCAAAUUGAAGAAAGAAAGACUACAACAGCGAGAUCAGCAGGAGCGUGAGAAUGAUUUCUAUCGCAAUUGUUUCAAAAAUUUCCACCAGCUUGUGUCCUCUGUAAUGGACUCAACCCAGAGUUUGGCUUUGCAGUAUCAUUUCAAUACUGGUGAGGGUCCUUCUGGAGACCCACGCUUGAUUCGAACAAUGGUGUUAAUAAGGGUGGCUCUGGAUAAAUCUCGAGCUGAGGAAGCUCAAGCAGAACAGGAAUGGAAGCAACAAUGGAAUGUCCAUUCGGCUCGGAAGUCAGCGACUCGAUGGCUUUGA